ACGUGACCCCUCCGCUCGAGCAGGUUCUCCUCCACUUUGUAAACAACAUGGCGGCCCGCGGUCCUGCUGAGGAGUUAGCGCCCAGGAGAAACACGUCGAGAUAAGGUUUAAUAACGACACACAAGUUCAGCUGGUUACAUUACUUUGAGCGGACCUGACGUCCAUAUCAAAACGAGAAGAGAUUUGACUGACAGCUGUCAAUCAGCCGAGCCUGGACGUCACACGGCUCCCCUCGGUCUAUGGGCUCUCAGUCCAGUUCUGGGAUGUCUGGAGGCAGGGGGUCGUCCAGCAGUAACCCGUCAGAUCAGCCGGAAGAGGGGGAGAACCCAUCCAACCAGGAAGAGAACCCAUCCAGCCAGGGCAGCAGGGGCUCGUCCCGCAGUGACCCGCCAGAUCAGCCGGAAGAGGAGGAGAACCCACCCAGCCGGGGCCGCGGCCGCAGGACGGGGGACGGGCAGACCACCUCUGAGGAGGACGUCGACCUAGCAGAAGUACUGGCGUACCUACUGAGGAGGGGCCAGGUGAGGCUGGUCCAUGGCAGUGGGGCCACAGGCCUCCAGCUGGUCCAGUCCUACUCAGACUCCGACGAGGACAGUGAUGGAGCCUGGGAGGGCCGGCUUGGAGACCGGUACAACCCCCCAGUGGACGUCCGUCCAGACACGCAGGAGUUGGACCGGAGUGAGAUCCGGACUCAGAUCAUGUUGGCCACCGCCUCCACCGGCAUGAAGAGCAGACAGAGCUUCACCAACAUGCUCACAGAGCGGGAACAAGGCCGGUGUAAAGGCUCCAGUUUUUCCCAUGGAGAGUGCAGUCGAAUCCGCUCACAAUUCUUGCCAAACUACGUUUCCCACAAGGACACCUACCACCAGAAAGCCUUCUGUGGUCUCUACAGCAGCGAUGGCGGCAUGUUCCUCUCUGCCUGCCAAGACCAGAACAUCCGGCUGUACGACACCACCAGGCGACGCUUCCACCUGCUGCGCACGGUGAAGGCCCGGGACGUGGGCUGGAGCGUGCUGGACGUGUGCUUCACCCCCGACGCCCAGAGCAUCCUCUACUCCAGCUGGUCCGACUACAUUCACGUGUGCAGCGUCGACGGGGACAGCGAGUGCCACACAGCGCUGGACCUCAGUCCGGACGAGCGGAGGUUCUGCGUGUUCUCCCUGGCCGCGUCGACGGACGGAAAGGAGAUCUUAGGAGGGGCCAAUGACGGCUGUCUGUACGUGUUCGAUCGGGAGCAGAACAAGAGAACGCUCAAGAUCGACGCCCACGAGGACGACGUGAACGCUGUGGCGUUCGCCGACAGCUCCUCCCAGCUGCUGUUCUCGGGCAGCGACGACGCCCUGUGCAAGGUGUGGGACAGACGGACGCUGAGGGAGGACAGACCGCAGCCCGUGGGACAGCUGGCCGGACACCGCGACGGAGUCACCUUCAUCGACAGCAAGGGCGACGCUCGCUACCUGAUCAGCAACUCCAAGGACCAGUCCAUCAAGCUGUGGGACGUCAGGAAGUUCUCUCCCAAGGAGGGGCUGGCUGCCUCGCGCCUGGCCGUCACCCAGCAGAACUGGGACUACCGCUGGCAGCAGGUCCCCCAGAGAGCGCUGAAGAGACACAAGCUGAUGGGCGACACCUCGGUGAUGACGUACCGCGGCCACGGCGUUCUGCACACGCUGAUCCGCUGCCGCUUCUCCCCGGAGUUCACCACCGGCCAACGCUACAUCUACACGGGCUGCUCCACCGGCAAGAUCAUAGUGUACGACGUGCUGACCGGGGCUGUGGUGACCCGGCUCUGUGGCCACGACGCGUGUGUGAGGGAUGUGAGCUGGCACCCGUACCAGGACAGCAUCGUGAGCAGCUCUUGGGACGGAGCCGUCCGCAUGUGGGAGCACAGGCAGACCCACCCCAUAGAGGAGCACCGCGACCAGGAGUGACCAGACCCAGGGUCAGGGGUCAGGGGUCGGGGGAGGAGGAGCCAGGAGUAGGAGGAGGAGCCAGGAGGAAGAGGAGGAGCCGAAGGGGCCAGGAGGAGGAGCCGAAGGGGCCAGGAGGAGGAGGAGCCAGGAGGAGCCUCAUCAGAGGAGGCGGAGCCGGCCCCAGAAGGGAAGUGGGCUGAACAGAGGGAGGGACACUGAGCUCACACGCACACAGAGACUUUUUAUGUUUUCGUUCCCAUGCUGGUUCGUGAGUUCUUCUGGAGGAUCUCAAAGCAUGAUGUGAGGUGUGGGGUUAAGAAGGGGGUGUUAUGCGUUAUGCCUCUUAGGGACCCCCCCACCUCCUCGUUUGACCCAAGGGGCGGGGCAACUUUUUUGAAGGUCUGCCGCUCCCUGUGAUGGUGAAACAGGCCAAAGCGUUCUAAUUUGGUGUAAAGUCCUGAACCUCAGUGUGUUCUCGAUGCUAGAGCCUUGAUGAAUAGUGGAAUAAGCUUUUCUUAAUCAGUCCUUUUUGCUGGUUUAUGGUUUUAAAACAUUAAUAACCGACUCUCCUUGUUAUCGUUAGGUGGACAUUUAAUGUGAAGUCAUUUUUCGAAAGUUGAAAAUCUCGCGGAGCAACGACGACGAUGAUUCUGUUGAAAUAAUGUAAGAUAUUUUAGUGUGGAAGUUAGACGUAGUUAGAUGGUAUUGUUUGGUGCCGAUUUUUGGGAGCAGUAUUAACGAUCUUAAUAAUAAAUGUUGGUCACCGCGGUAACGUGGUACAAGGAGACUGCAGCGUUCCGACCUCGAGUCCGACCUCAGCGAUGACAUCACACACGUCCAGGUGGGCCAUGACGUCAGCUCCCUCAUAGGUCCACUGUCUCUCCUAGUGCUGCUCAAACGGACUGGGCCGCUCCCAGUAACUCACCAGUCCAGCUCACGCUGUCUCCAGGCAACGGCUGGUCUGACACCUUCUGAUUUAGUUACUGACAACACCUUAAUGGCCCGACCCUCGUGUGUAUUUAUAUAUUUAUACACACACGCACACGCACACGCACACACACACAGCAGAAUAGAAUAACAGUGGCAUGACCAGUGAUUGGGUAAUUAAAACAACUGACAGCAACCCAAGGAAAAAAACAAUUAUUUAAUUCUCGACACAUUGUUUAUAUUCGAUUGCCGCACAUGAAGUCCCCUCGACGGACAUGGAGGUGGUGAAGGAAACACAUUUCUUACCCUUAGAUUCAAAGCAAGACCUCAAAAGUUCCCAGACUCAUUCUGAUUAACUUCAGUAGUUGUUAACUGGCAGGUUCACGUCAUGUUAAUGCUCGUCGGUGAGGGAGAGGAAUGCUUUACUGCACCAACAGGUGCAAAUUAUUAUCUGAAUUAUUCUUAAUUGUUAUCCUUUCAUAAAGCUCAAGACUUUGAAUAAAAAAACUCUGGCUAUAUUUAUGUGUAGCAUAUAUAAUAUUU